UAACCAGCACGCGGGGUGUUGCGGUGUUGCGUCUCGGAGGGUCCGGCACGCCGUCCCAUGCCGCCUAAGUGAAGCUUGAAAGCGGCCACUACCCAUGAAGCCCGGGCCGAAGUGGCAGGGCCCGCGACGGCAUAAAUGGGGUUGUCGGAAAAGGCGGUGGGUGAGAGGGAGGAGGAGUGAGGACCAGGGAGCAGCACCACCACUCCCCAAGUUUGUGGCCCCAACCGUUGUGACCUCUGAGGGUUACGGUCAGCCCAUCACAGAAGUACUGAAUGUGAUUUCGGUCAUGCAGGAAUUUUGUGACAAAUCACUGGAAGAGCUGCGACACGAGUACUACCAGGUGACGCCAGCCUGCAGGACGGUGAGAGGUGGUGGAGGUGGACCUUCAGAGUGGCCGGGAGUGCAGUUACCUGAGCAAGACUGCUCGAGGCUGGUGAGUAAGACGAAGGGGAGACCAGUGUGGAGGGAGCUGCGGCAGGGGAGGCUGACCGCCGUCCUCGCCAAGGGCCGCCUCGCCGCCUGCAGCAGCUCCACCAACACAGCACCAUCUCUUGCCUUCGACGGAGUGACCCCACUAUCACCGCGCUAUGACCCGAGUGCUGAGGGCCACACCUCCACGGUGCUUGGAGCAGCACCCUCCCCUGACACGGCCACACCUGGCGCUGGUACUUCACCAGUGUUCGGCGCUUUUGCUACUAGUAAAGCAUCUUUAUCAUUCUCUUUUAGUAAACUUAAUAUUGUAGGAGAGGGAGACUGGAGCACAACAAGAGUGUAUGACAGCGCCGCCUCGGCCGGGUAUAACAACAACACAAAUGUACCAAAAGACAAGAUAUUUACACCACAGUUGACCCUCGACCUCCCGACUGUGUUUGGCCGCACGGUGAAGGCAACACAAUCCUGGUUUGAAGAACCUGCCAUAGAGGAGCAGAUUUCCUGCCCAGUGUGUAUGGAGACGUACCUGGCUGUGACCAGGAGUCCGGUUGUACUGCCUCGCUGUGGUCACACCUUCUGCAGACCUUGUCUUACACGCCUAGAGGAGAGAGGCGGUGUACAGUCUCCUGCCUUAGAGGAGAGAGGCAGUGUACAGUCUCCUGCCUUAGAGGAGAGAGGCAGUGUACAGUCUCCUGCCUUAGAGGAGAGAGGCAGUGUACAGUCUCCUGCCUUAGAGGAGAGAGGCGGUGUACAGUCUCCUGCCUUAGAGGAGACAGGCAGUGUACAGUCUCCUGCCUUAGAGGAGAGAGGCAGUGUGCAGUCUCCUGCCUUAGAGGAGAGAGGCAGUGUGCAGUCUCCUGCCUUAGAGGAGAGAGGCAGUGUACAGUCUCCUGCCUUAGAGGAGAGAGGCAGUGUACAGUCUCCUGCCUUAGAGGAGAGAGGCAGUGUACAGUCUCCUGCCUUAGAGGAGAGAGGCGGUGUACAGUCUCCUGCCUUAGAGGAGAGAGGCAGUGUACAGUCUCCUGCCUUAGAGGAGAGAGGCAGUGUACAGUCUCCUGCCUUAGAGGAGAGAGGCAGUGUACAGUCUCCUGCCUUAGAGGAGAGAGGCAGUGUACAGUCUCCUGCCUUAGAGGAGAGAGGCAGUGUACAGUCUCCUGCCUUAGAGGAGCGAGGCAGUGUACAGUCUCCUGCCUUAGAGGAGAGAGGCAGUGUAGAGUGCCCGGUCUGCAAGACUGCACACUCCGGUGUGUCAGUCUCGGAACUCCCCAUUCUCUAUACCAUUCUUAACUUAUCAGAAGCCUACACGAAAGCUAAGGCGUCCGGCUCAGUACUGGAGAGAUGCGAGAGCCACGGAGACCAGCUGUGUGUGUGGUGCCGCCACUGUUCAGAGGCUCUGUGUGGCUUGUGUCUUCUGGAUACACAACGCCAUAAGAGCCAUAAGCUCGAGAGGAUCAUUAACAUUGCAGACAUCAAUAACAAUGUAAAGCAGCAAGCCAGGAACUUCUUCGAGUACUCGGAGAAUCGACAGAACAAAAUUACGAAUGAAUUACACUUGAUCAUCAGGAGGAUUGUCGAGUUGUGUCACAUGAGCAACUCUAUUCAAGGUCAAGUCAAAACAGUUUCCGAAGUAAUGACAAAUUACGGAAAUCAAGCUGGAAUCAAGCGUUCAAUGGAAGCUCUGAGUCAGCUGGGAAAUGCUCUCAAGACCUUACAUCACGUAACUGGUUCCUUGAGGCGAGGGGAAGAGAUGGUAGGACAAGCGGUACAGUCAGGCGCGUCAGAUGAGGCAAACAUGGACUAUAUUGGCUCUAGCCGGUUACUGACUGUCAGAUCGAACCCAGAGCAGGUUCGAGGAUGUGAAGGAUCUGACAACGAAGGUGACAGCAGCCAGCCUGAGGGCUCUGCCAUGGUAGGAGAAGCCGGCGUCCAAGUUGAGAGGUCUGUCAACGGACUGGGUGCGAAUAGUCAGGUUAAGCGAUCUUUAGGUGAUGAAAAUGACAGCAUCCAGGUUGGGGAAUCUUACAACAGGAGCCAUACUGAAGCAGCUGGCAACAGGAGCCAGACUGAAGCAGCUGGCAACAGGAGCCAGACUGAAGCAGCUGGCAGCAGGAGCCAGACUGAAGCAGCUGGCAGCAGGAGCCAUACUGAAGCAGCUGGCAACAGGAGCCAGACUGAAGCAGCUGGCAACAGGAGCCAGACUGAAGCAGCUGGCAACAGGAGCCAGACUGAAGCAGCUGGCAACAGGAGCCAUACUGAAGCAGCUGGUAACAGGAGCCAGACUGAAGCAGCUGGCAACAGGAGCCAUACUGAAGCAGCUGGCAACAGGAGCCAUACUGAAGCAGCUGGCAACAGGAGCCAGACUGAAGCAGCUGGCAACAGGAGCCAUACUGAAGCAGCUGGCAACAGGAGCCAUACUGAAGCAGCUGGCAACAGGAGCCAGACUGAAGCAGCUGAUAACAGGAGCCGGACUGAGGUGGUGGCACUCAGGUGUUGUGGCACCAUUAGUGACGGACGCCAAAUGGGCCUGACCCUGGAAGAUGAGCACCUUCACCUGUGUGCCCUGACCCCCUCGCCUCUCCACCCUCACAUCACCUUGCAAGUACCAUUGCUGGAACGUUUUCUUUCUCGAGAGAAGCCAGAAGUUUUCUUUGAUCUAAGUGUUGACAAUAAGUGCCUGGGACGAAUCUAUAUUCAGUUGUGGGGCGACAUGCGUCGUGCUAAACACUUUCUGGCACUCUGCCUCGGCACUCUUGGACCCUCUUAUAAAGGCUCCAAGUUUGAUAGAAUAUCUGACCGGAGCCAACCAGGAGAAGUCCUACACUGCAAGGGUUACUCUGAUAAAUCUGGUCCCAGCUCAUUAGGGCUAAUGGACAAUUUAGAAUGGGAUGGAAAAUACAGACAACUUCAGAAAGCUGGACAACUCAUUGCCUCGGGAGGCGGACAAGCUCAAACAGAUGGUAGUUUUGGUAUAUGUACGAAAGAUAACUUGUUUAAAACCUUCUCCUGUCCUUUUGGUAUGGUGGUGUCGGGAAUGGAUGUGGUGCGUGAGGCUGUUAAUCACGCUGGAGAUGUUGUGGUCUCAGAGGUUGGUGCUGUUGCUGUCGAUAUUAAUUGUCAAGAUUAAUUUAGGUGUCACUUAAUUAAAUGAAUUAAGAUUAAUUGUCAAGACUCGUCACUAGUGUUACAGUAUAUUCAGGUAAAUUCAGGUUGUUUACCAUCUGGUCUCGGUCAGCGGUGUGUGGGUGUAGGGACUUUGGCCUCGGUCAAGGGGUGUAAGAGACCACGUGGUCUCGGUCAGCGGGGUAUGAAGACUCUGGCCUCAGUCAGGGGGGUGUGUAGAGACCAUGUGUGUCUACACACACUCUCUGUGUCUGUGUGUAAAGACCUAGCUUUGCCCGAAACGCUGUGCGUAUUAGUGGCUUUAGGCAUAGUAUGUACUAGAUCUAUCUAGACAUCCAACUUUCUGAUUGUAAUUAAUUUUGUAUGUAUGUACUUAUACCCGAAUAAACAUUAUUAUUAUUAUUAUCAGACCUCGGUCAGAGGAUGACGAAACCAUCUGGCCUCAGUCAGGUGUUGUAAAGACCAUCUGUCCUCAUUCGAGAGGUGUACUGAGACCAAAUAGAACUUAUGCAUUACAUUAUUGACGACAGUGCAGUUUAUUCUUGCAGUUUUGUUUUAAUCUUGACAAUUAAACUGCAUUUAAUCAUUAAAUAAAAUUAUUAUUAUUAUAGGUGCAAUUUUAAUAAUAACAAUAAUGAUUUAUUUGCAAGAAGGUACAAUGGGUUGGUGAGAUUACAAAAGCUUGGUAUUUUGACAUUCAGGCAAAGCCACUAACACGCAUAGCGUUUCGGGCAGGUCGUUAAUCUAACAUAUCUGGUAAGAUAAAAAGAUACAUUGUAGCAAGGUUUUAUAUCAACAAGUAACUACAACAUAAGUUGACAGAGGUGACUACACAGGUAAGGAUAUAUGUCUUAAGUGGAGUACUAAUAUUGGGGAAGUGGGUAGUACAAGAUGCAGCGCGAAUUUGAAGCACAAGGUAGGAAACUAUGAGGAUGAAAUUAGGUACUUUUAUAAUUUACUUUUGAA